AUAUAUCACGCGACAUUUCGACUUGUACGUUACGUUCUUAAUGAAUUUAGAGCUUCUAGAAGCGUUUCAUCAGAACUAUCCAGAGGCUGCAGAUGGUUACCUAGAACGGAUUAAAAAAGAUGAUGGGAGUAAAGACGCUGGCUGCGCCACUUAUGCAAUAACAUUGCAGUUCAAUAGAGUUGGAAGUCUCUUAGCUAUUGGAUGCAAUGAUGGAAGAAUAGAAAUUUGGGACCAUGUCACAAGACGUAUCUCCAAAGUUCUGGUAGCACAUGCACACCCAGUUUGUUCCCUAAGUUGGAGUAGAGACAGCAAAAAGCUUCUUAGUGCUUCCACUGACAAUACAGUCUCUAUUUGGAAUGUACUAUCGAGUGCUUGUGAGCAAACAUUUCAAUUUCCUUGUCCUGUGAUGAAGGUUCAAUUCAAUGCAAGGAAACCAGAUCAACUACUUGUUUGUCCGAUGCGACAUGCCCCAGUAGUUAUCAGCGUUCCAAGUGGUGCCCCAACUAUUAUACAACCAGAAGAUGAAAAUGACCUUAGUAUUGUUGCAUCAUAUGAUCGUCGUGGUCGUUAUAUUUAUACUGGGAACUCAAAAGGCAAAGUUUGUAUAUAUGAAACGAAAGAUUUCCAGUUGAUCAGCUCAUUUAAAUCAACGUCAGCAGCGAAUGCUGCCAUUAAAUCGAUAGAAUUCGCUAGACGUGGAGAAUAUUUCCUACUUAAUUGUGCUGAUCGAGUUAUUCGAGUGUAUAACUGUGAAGAUGCAUUAAACGCAAAUGUGACGGAUCCGGAGCCGAUAAAAAAAUUGAAGGAUCUUGUAACUGGGAGUCAUUGGAGAAAAUGUUGUUUCUCCGGUGAUGGUGAAUACAUUUGCGCUGGUUCAAUGAAACAACAUUCUAUUUAUUUAUGGGAACGUGCUAGUGGAACUUUAGUAAAAAUUUUACAUGGUCAAAAAGGUGAAACAUUAUUAGAUGUUGUUUGGCAUCCUUUACGACCAAUUAUUGUUUCUAUAUCGAAUUCAGUGACUAAAGAACAAGUAUCUAUAUGGGCCCAAACACAAGUGCAAAACUGGUCAGCUUUCGCCCCAGACUUUAAAGAGCUCGAUGAAAAUGUGGAAUAUGAAGAAAGAGAAUCGGAAUUCGAUGUUGAAGAUGAAGACAAAAUGAUUGAAGAGAACAAAAACUCAAUCUCUUUGAAAUCAUUGCAUACAAAAUGUUAUAAUGAUGAAGAAGAGGAUGUAGAAAUCGAUAUUGAAACUAUGGAACCGGUACAAGCUCUAUUAAGCAGUGAUGAAGAUGGAGAAUGUGAAGAUAUUCUGAUGUAUUUAUCCAUUUCACCAGAAGUGGAUAAUCCAGAUGAUUUAUCUGGUGGAGAAGAAUCUGUCAGUACACAGAAUUCUGAACGACCAACAACUGGUUUAUCAAGUAGAAAACGUCCUGAUUCUCCAUCGAUUCAAUCCAAUGGACCAUUAUCGAAACAUUCAAAAUCAUUAGAUCAAACUCAUUCUAUACCACCAACAGUUUCGAUUCAUUUACCCGGUGCACAAAGUGAUGAGGUUCAUCCACUUGUUGGUAGCCGUAAACCAUCAGUUAAAUCUAUCUCAGGUACAAAUCAUCAUCAUCAUCACGAUUCAUCAACCAAACUUACCAAUCAAUCAUCAUUAACUAAUUCAACAACAUAUGGAUUAAAUAAUUCACGCAAAAAUAAUACACGUCAACGUGAUCGUGUAAAAUCAAGGAAAUGAGUAUUAUUCAUUUCUAUAUAACAUUGUUAUAUUUGUAUAUUGAAUACAGCUUUCUCUCUAUUUAUAUGAUUGAAAUGUAGUAUGUUUCGUUAGUGAUUCUUACGACUCGACUUACAUGCUUAUUUCGAUACAUUUCUAAACUGUUCAAAUUCUUCAUGUACAUUAUUAUUAUAGGCCCUUAAAUAUAUAUAUCGCUUAUAAA